AUGCAAUCUCCAGUACAAACUUUGACUCCAACUACUUUAUUAAAUUCAAAUAUAAAAACAAAAACAAAAAAAACUUCCAUAAUACCUACCAGACGAAAGCGUACCUCAUCACUUGCUCCUUUAAAUAAUUCAAAUAACAAUAGUCAACCACAGAGAAGAUUACUACAAAAAUCAUCUUCUGUUAAACCAGCCGACCUUUCUUCACCUUCAACAACUCCUAAAACUCCGCACAAAAAUCUUCCACACCACGACGUUCAUCUAGUAUUUCCUCGAAUUAUAAGAAAAACAAUUGGUAAUGGUGGUACCGCCAAUACAUCUACAUUGUCAUCAUCCUCGUCUUCAUCACAACCAAUGAAUUCACAAAGAGUUGCCCCUUCACCUCAUAGAAAAUCAAAUACUGCUACGGAAGAAGCUUUGAAGACAUUUAAUGAACUUCAAAUGGUGGAAAAUCAAAUCGACAGUCAUUCCAAUGAAGUGAUGGCUAGAAUGAAGAAUUUAUUUCAAAAUAAAAAAAAUGAAAAUGAUGAUAGAAGUUUAUUAUAUGAUGAAUCGGGAUCAGACAAAUCAAAAAUUACAACAAGACGUAUAAAUAUUACUCAACCUACUCCAAUUAAACCUUCACUAAAUAGACGUACGAGUAAUCAAGAUAUAUUAAGACCUUCAGGAAAUGAUUCAUCAAUUAGUCAAUUAUCAACUUCUUAUGAUUCAAGAAGGAGAAUAUCUUCUGCAAAACCAGUUGUAGGUAGUCUAUCAAAAUCAGGUAAUUGGGGACAUGGUCACAGUCGAUAUGCUAGUGAUAGUGCUGGUAUUGGAGUUGCUAUAACAACAAAUGCUCGAGUAGAUGUGAAUUCAGAUAAUGUUAGUGGUAAUAAUGAUGUUAAUGGAGUUAAUGGUGUGGAAAAAAGAAAAUCCUUAAAAAAUUCACGUUCGGAAGAGAGACUUCGUCAAUCUUCCUUAAAUGGAAGGGGUAAUGAUAAACGAAAAACAUUGGAUCCAUCAUCUUUGGAAGCAAAAGUUCGAAUUCAUCAAAUAAGUUUGGAUAUUGAUUCAAUCGAUUUUCAAUCUUAUAAUCGAACUCCAUCACCCGAUGUUGGUAAACCUAAAACUUUACCUAUAAUUCAUCAUGAUAGUUCACUUUUAAAUUCAAAAUCACUUCCAUCAAUUCCUAUUCGUAGUCUUAGUUAUAGUAGUGUUGGACAUUUUUCACCAUUAUCUAAAAAUAUUCAAGCAUCAUCAAAUCUAUCUAGUUCACCUAAUCAAUUAUCACCAAAGACUGCAUCAAGUAGAAAUACUACACCCACCACAAAUUCAUAUCGACAAAAUUCAAAGGAUACUCCAAGUUUAUUACCACAACCAAAACCGAUUAGAAUUAAUGAAGAAAUUCCACCGGUACCACCAUUACCCGGUUCAAUGAGGAAUUCAUCAUUGUCAUCGUCAUCGUCUGGAACUUUGAAUACGAUAUACAAUAAUGAAAAAAAGAUGGUGGUGAUUUCCCCUAGUGCAAAAAGUGGGGAUGUCUCACCACGUGGUAGAAGAGAUAAUAGUAAAAGUACUGAUGGUCAUAAGAAAAUAAAAACCACCACCAGACCAAGAGGCACGAUGACGAUCCAACAGCAGAAUGAAAAGAUCGCUAGACGACAGACACUUCCAGCCAAUAUGGCUCCUACUCAACUUGCUGCUCUUAACUUACCUCCGUUUAAUAUUCCGGCUUUACCAACAAAUGUGAAGAUCCCCAAAGUUUCAAAUCCACAUAUCAAAUCGAAGACUCCCACUUCUGGUCUUAGAUCUACUAUUACUCCAACUUCCACAAAAAUUCCUACCCCAACUUUAAUUCAACCUAGAACUCCAAAAUUUGGUGGUUGUUUAGCAUCCCCAAAUGGCGGAAAAAGUUCAAAUGCCAAAUCGACAAAUACACGAGGUACAUUACAUAGUAAUGGUAGUCAAAUAUCUUUGUCCUCGAUAGAAAGAAAAAGUCCUAGUAAGACUGCUAGUGAAAAUAAAACGGUUGCAAGAGCACCUUCAAAACGUCAAAGGCGUCUUUCUUCAACUAUUGCUAGUAUCUUUUCUUCAAACAAAAGUAAUAGUAAUAAUAACACCUCAACUUCAAAAACUCCAACGAGUAGCAUAUCAAUAUCGGGAGGAAUUCGUAAACCAAGAACAACUUCACAACCUAUUCAACCAAGUUCCUCUACAUCAAGUCUCCUUAACUCUUAUACCACCAAAGAAACAUCAAUCUCGGAGGUUAACUCAUCAUCAUCUUGCGCUAGUACCCCUAGCGUUUAUAAUAAUAAUAAACAUUCCGAAGAACGUAUGAGCUGUGAGGAAUCAACCAAUUUCUUCUCCGAAUCUUCAACGAAUAAGAAAGAUCAAUCAACCCAAUCGAGAGGAACAGCACCGAUGAGUCCAAGCGCCGCUCUAAAGGCAUAUGCACCUUACCUAUCAUUAUACGAACGACAAGAAAUUCAGUCAUUCAAAGAUGUUUAUUUCGUUGGUCAAAAUGCUUUGAAAGCUGCGGCAAGUCCUGAUACACCUUCCUGUAACUUUGGUUAUGACGAUGAGCGAGGGGAUUAUUUGGUCGUCACGGGUGAUCACCUGUGCUAUCGUUAUGAGGUGGUGGAUAGUGUUGGGAAAGGAUCCUUUGGACAAGUUUUAAAGUGCUUGGAUCAUAAGACCGGAGAAUAUGUUGCCAUAAAGAUUAUUAGGAAUAAGAAGAGAUUCCACUGUCAAGCAUUAGUUGAAGUGAAGAUUUUGGAGAAUUUGAAUAACUGGAACGUUCUAUUGAAACAUCCAACAAAAAGCAGCAUCAAAGUCAUUGACUUUGGUAGUAGUUGUUUUGAGAACGAGAAAGUAUAUACCUACAUUCAAAGUCGUUUUUACCGAUCACCCGAAGUCAUAUUAGGGAUGACGUAUAAUAUGGCGAUAGAUAUGUGGAGUCUCGGAUGCAUUCUCGCUGAAUUAUAUACAGGGGAGGGAGAACAAGAACAAUUGGCAUGUAUAAUGGAAGUUCAAGGAGUCCCGGAACGUUAUCUCGUAGAUAAGAGUGCAAGAAAGAAACUCUUCUUCGAAACCAACGGAAAUCCACGACCAUUUGUAAAUUCUAAAGGUAAACGACGAAGGCCAAACAGUAAGACCUUGUCAAGUGCCUUAAGUUGCCAAGAUGAAGUCUUUCUAGACUUCAUAUCAAGAUGUCUACAAUGGGAUCCCGAAAAGCGAAUGAAGCCUGAUGAGGGAUUAAUGCAUGAGUGGAUAACCGAAGUCAAGUUAAACACGAAGAAUUAUUUCACGAAUUAUGAUGCCGGGAGGAGACAAUGUCCCCCGUCCCUACCGCCAUCAAGCAGUUCCUCAUAUCGUCAACAAAAUAGUUCGACACAUGCAUCCUCAUCCGGAUUGAAUCAUUUUGUUCCUAGUUAUACACAACCAAGGAGGAGUCUUGAUACAUCCUCGCAAGCUUCUAGUCGUAGCUUCGGGAUGAAACAGACAUCCCUUCCGAGCAGCAUAUCGUUAAAUGAGAAUAAUGAUUCUUUAUUGAAUGAAUCAUCCGAGAAUUGA